AGAAAUUAAAAUGUAAUUGAAAUUAAAAGCUCUGUAGAUGAAUUAAACAUCAUUCAUAGACACAGUUGAAGACAGAAGUAACGAGCUGGAGGAUCAAUACCAGUAAAUUACCUAGAGUUCAACACAAAGAGAGAGAAAAAAUAUGAAUGAAGCAUGAGUCCUAGUCUAGUUAGACUUUUAGGAGAUAAUAGGAAGCCAGAGGGUGACUAUUUGAAGAGAGAAUGGCUGAGAGUUUUUCAGAAUUGUUGGAAAGCACACUUCUUACAUCUGGAAAACUCAGUGAAUCCCAAAGGGGAUAAAUACACAGAGAAAUCCACAAUUGAGCACAUCAUAAUGAAACAGCAAAACAUUACAGCUAAAAAGAUCUGAAAAAUAACAGAGGAAAAAAAAAAGCCAAGUUGCCUGCAAAGAACUAAAGAUUAGACUAAUAGAUUUCUUAGGAGCCACAAUAGUAGUCAGAAGAUAGUAGAAUAUCUUCAAUAAUGGAGAGAAAAAUAACAUCAAUUUAGAAUUGUGACACCAUUUCACCCAGUGAAACAAUUCCUAGCGGGACCUGGGAGAAAAUAAAUGCAUUUUCUGGCAAACAAAAACCUAACUCAUUUACCAAUAGACUCUGAAUGGAGGAAAUUCCUCAGAAUAUGCUCUUGGAAGAACAGAGAAUACCUCAGCUAGAAAGCUCAAAACACAAGAAGGAAUGUCAACAAAAAUAUGGCAAAUAUGUAGGUAAAUCUAAGAAGAAGUAUGACUGGCAUAAAACAAUAAUAUUGAAAAUGACUGAUUUGUGAGGUAUAAACCAUAUGUUAAAACUAAGAUUCAGGACAAAAACAGCAUAUAAAUUGGGAGGAACAUGAUUAGAAUGAAAGAAUUCUUCAGGUUUUAUUCAAGAUGGAGGGCGUGGUAAGUGGUAUGCAAACAGACUCCCCCGGCUCCUGUGAGCCGCACAUCCUGUCACUUAGGCAGUUGUGUAGUCUGUUCUCACAGAGAAUCAUGGCUCACCCUAUGCAACCAAUGGAAAGCAGCAGAAGUGAGACCCUAUUUGACUUCAAGUCUGAGACAUAAGAAGUCUUGCAACUUCCAGUGGGUCUCUGGAAGUGCUCCUUCUCAGAACCCGAUGCCGCACUGAUGAAAGCUCCAGUCACAUGGCUCCCUGUGGGUGCUUCAUUUGACAACCUCUGCUGAGCUCCCCGCUGGCAACUGCCACCAGCUGCCAACCAUGCAAAGAAAAGGCAAACCUUGCUGUUACCCUCUGCAAUGACAAGGAGGAGAUCAUGGCCCAGGCCACCUUCCUGGACUACCCCAACUGGAAUGUUGCCAAGCAGGACGACUGGGUGUCAGUGUUCCGGGAGCUCGACAGUGACAUCCCAUGCACACCCCUGAAUACGUUGUUCAUGCACCUCUUUGUGGCCGUGGAUGAGUAUUCUGUUGGCUGUUGCAAAGAGAUUCUUCGAACCGUGUAUAAGGCAGUGCCAGAGCUGCACUUCAUAUUUCUCAUCGUGCCGUCCUACAUGAGCCUAGGUUCAACUCUCAUAACUGUUUUUGACCAAGUGGGGAACAUUCCAUGUCCGACGUAUGAGGAAGACUUUGCAGUGCAUAUAUGUCACAGGCACAGCCACUAUCCUCAGCUGCACGUUCGCAAAGCCAGGGUGGAAGACCAUGACGAUCUCAUGCCAAUAUUUAUGCGCUAUGACACAAUUCUGAAGGAAACUUACGGUGAAUACUUCCUGGCCGAACUAAUAGAGGCCCAAGAUGAAGAGAAUCAUGCUGUUGUGUGUGAGGUGGAAGGCACAGCUGUUGGGUUCAUGAGUGUGUGCUCAAGAGUGAACAUGCAACUGCUACAUGAGUGCUUUGACUUGGGCCCUUUCCACGGACUCUGUUUCCCCCAUCCUGAUGAUGUUCUGGAAGCACCACAAGAGCUAAGUGUCCGAAGAAGUCAAGAUGCUGAGCUCAGGAGUAGCAGCCAGGGUUCCCAAAAAAUAGUCGAGGAGUCGCAGGAACCUGUCUUUCCGGAUACCAUGGAAAACAUCCAGGGAAAUAUUGCCAAAGAAGCUGCAUCCGAGGAAGCUUUAACAGCAGUCCAAAGUGGAAGUGUUAGUGAACCAGAGGACAUAGAAAAACUCAGUGACAUCUCCACUGGAUAUGCACAGGAUCACCGUGUCAGCAGUAGGAGCUUGGCAUCGUUCUUACUGCCUGAAGAGCCCGUCCACUUCUGCCCCAUCUACAGGGGAGCCUCAGCUGCUUUUUGUAUUCAGCUGUUUUUUAUUGAUGAGAAAUACGAAGCAAGGUCUCUGGAUUUCAUGAAUUUUGUUUUCAGUCUUUUUUCUGAUAAGAACUUCUGUAUAAUUUCUCUGCCCCGUCUCACCCCUGAGUUCAUCCUCAUCCAGAACUUCGUGAAAAUGGUCCCUUUCAGCACCUGCACCCUCGAGCAGGACCUCUACGUCUUCCACCGGGCCGGCUUGCUCAAGUCCAUUCAUAUAAGAUUUGCCACUUUCUUGGAUACUCCUGGUGUGGAAAAUCUUGUCAGCACCCUCAUGUUGAAUAAAAGCAUAUUGGAGGACUUAGACCGUUACAACGUGGCUCGCAAAGACCCUGAUGGAACACUGCUGCAGGCAUUUGUAGCUGAAGUUGCGGAACAAAUAGUUGGUAUUGCAGUGAUCAGAAAUGAAAUGGACAUUGAGUACAUACGGUCACAUUACAACAUUGAAGAUUUCAUCUACUUCAGUCACCACCAGCGUGAAGAACAUGGGCACAUGCAUCACUUUGCCCUCAACCCCAUUUUCCGGCACUACACCAAGUUCUUUCUGAAGGAGAUCCUGCGUUUAGGCUUUAAAUCCUGUCUCUACUACCCUGUUUACCCAAAAUCCAGAGAAGGCAAGUUCCAGAACCCCUACGCCCACUCCCUGACAUCUGCCCUUCAUUACUUGGUUCCUGUGCGACCACGACGACAGAUUGUCUAUCCUCUGGAAAAGCUUGGCAUAAACGCUCCAUCAAAGGCGGUCUCCAAGGAUCCGAUGAGUUAUGCUUUAAACCAUACAAACAGAAAACUAACAUUGGCACCUAAAAUAACUGUCAAUGCCAAGAUCAUUGUGGUCGGUGCAUCCAGUGUUGGAGUUUCCUUCCUAGAGACAUUGGUAUUUUGCUCUCACUUGAAGUUUAAUAAUCUUACCCUGAUUUCAACUCAUGGACUCCCAGGAAAAAAACUUCUGGACACUGAACAAAGGAAAUUUUUAGCCAGCGACCACUGUUUUAAUGAUAAAGAUUAUGCGCUGAUGUCACUGUGCUCCUGGGUUAAUGUCGUGGUGGGCAGAAUGACCGGCAUAGACCGAGCAGCCAAGCACGUUGUGCUUUCCACAGGCGAGAUCGUGCUCUAUGACCACCUUAUCCUCUGCACCGGGCGGCAGUACCAGGUCCCAUGCCCCACAGGGGCUGAUAUUAGUCAACACCUGACAAACAGAGAGGUUCCCAACAGCAGUCGGCGGCGGUACACAGGGAAAGUUCCUUGCAACCAUUUCACUCUCAACGAGGAAGAGGAUUGCUUUAAGGCACUGACUUGGAUAAGGAAUAACUCCAUCACCACAGAAGGGAAUGUCAUUGUCUAUGGGAAUACAAUUGAUACUUACACCACUGUGGAGACGCUCUUAAACCUUGGCGUGAGCGGCAGCCGCAUCCACCUCGUGCAGCCCCCGCCCGCCUCCACCAUCACCUGCAUCAACAACUACUCGGUGGAGAGCGCCGUGGCGGACGCGCUGGCAGCCGCCGGAGUCACUAUUUACCGGGAUGCGAUCCUGGCCCAGUGGAAUGACGGCCUGCACCCAGACCCCAUCUACAGCGCCUCCUUCACCACACCCACCAAGCCUUUUAGACUCCCGUGCUGUAUGUUCUUCAGCUUCUGUGAGAAGAAUGUGGAUUAUGAAACAUUUAAAGCCCUCAAUGAUUCAUGUCUUGUGUAUGAUGGUCGACUUGUGAUUGAUGCCAACUUCCACACCAAUGACAUAGCCAUCAGAGCUGCUGGCUCCCUCACCAAAUUCUCCAAUAGAUACUACUCAAAUGAGUGGACUCACAGCAACUUCAGUUCCAAAGAAAUUGGCUUUCAGCUGGCAGCAGCUAUGCUACAUCUCUUUGAUCCAACCCUUGAGCCUGUGACGGAGCCACCAGCUGAUCUUGACCGGCUCAUCCCCAUGUACAAGGGAGCCAAGAUUCAAGGGGGCAUUCUUCCUGGGUCUUACCAUUAUCUGCAUAUUGCCAAGCCUGCCAUUCCUACUCCCUUGGAGGUACAAAUGGCACAGCCUAAUUAUGGUUUAGAAAUAGUAACCGGCAGUGCGAAAAAUGGGACUUACUUCCGAAUUCAUAUUAACGAGUAUAACAUGGUGGAAACCAUCACGUGCCUUUCUAGGGAGCCCUUCCCCGCCUCCAACUACAUCUGCUUGUUUGGCCAGCACGAGCAACUCCUCAACAACCUGUGUGCUCGGUACGAUGAAAACCUCAUCACAGAUCUCUAUAGCUACUUCACCGAACCGUGGUGCCUGGCCCUGUUCCACGAUCGUUUUAUUGAUCUCAGGAAAGAGUUACGGCAAAUCUUAGCCUCCAAGGAGGAGGAAGACCUUCCUUCCAUAGAGCAGUUAGCCCAUCAGAUAGAAAAUGAGGAAAUAAACCCGAUUGAGAAGCCCAGGCAAUACCUCAAAAGAGUCUUCGAGGAAUCCAUCUACAAAACCCUGGUGGAGAGAAGAAUUCUGGACUACCUACACUAUAAUCGCUACCACUUGCGCAUGUAUGCGUGGCCAGGCAUCAUUUAGUUGUAGGCAGGGUCUCCCCUUGAUGGUUUUCAUUUAUUUCGUUCCUGGAAACUUGCUCUGUAGAAAUAGAAAAGUUCUCUGCAGCCUGGUAUGACAGUGAAGCCAGCCCCUGGUGGUUUUGUUCAUUCCUUUCCUUCCCCGACUUAUGCCUGUAGUUUUCUAUCAUCCCAGUAGGUGGCACAUGGCCGUGUGCCUCUCUUCUGGGGCAGGCUCGCUUUACAAAUCCCAGGCAUGUUUCUCUGCAGAAUAAUCCAUUUCGGCAAUAAAAUGAGAUCAUACUGUGUAAAA